AUGCCCUUGUUUCCUGCUGCUCGGGACGCGCUGUUCCCAAGCACCAGCUGCUCGCCGGGGAGCCUCGGGGUGAGGGCAUGUGGGGCUGAGGCGUGCCAUGGACAUGUAUGUAACUGGCAUGGGAAACACGCCAGGACAUCGGUGAGGCAGCGUUUUAGGGAAUGCUGUCGGUUUUUUGGAGGCAAUGGCUUGACUUUGAAGGUGUUUUUCACCAAGGCAGCCCCGUUUGGUGUCCUGUGGACACUCACAAACUACCUUUACUUACACGCAAUAAAGAAAAUAAACACCACGGACGCCUCCGUGCUCUUCUGCUGCAACAAGGCGUUUGUGUUCUUGCUCUCGUGGAUCGUUCUCAGGGACAGGUUCAUGGGCGUGAGGAUCGUGGCCGCCAUCCUCGCCAUCGCCGGGAUCGUGAUGAUGACCUACGCCGACGGCUUCCACAGCCACUCGGUCAUCGGCAUCGCGCUGGUGGUGGGCUCUGCGUCCAUGUCCGCGCUCUACAAGGUUCUCUUCAAGCUGCUCCUGGGCAGCGCCAAGUUCGGAGAAGCCGCCUUAUUCCUGUCCGUCCUGGGCGUGUUUAACGUCCUCUUCGUCUCCUGCGUCCCCGUCGUCCUCUACUUCACCCGCAUCGAGUACUGGAGCCCUUUCUCCAACAUCCCCUGGGGGCACCUGUGCGGGUUCUCCCUCCUCCUGCUCACGUUCAAUGUCGUGUUAAAUUUCGGAAUUGCUGUCACCUACCCCACCCUGAUGUCUCUCGGGAUCGUCCUCAGUGUGCCUGUGAACGCGGUGGUCGAUCACUACACCACCAACAUCGUCUUCAACGGCGUCCGGGUCAUUGCCAUCGUCAUCAUCGGCCUGGGCUUCCUCCUGCUGCUGCUGCCCGAGGAGUGGGACGUCUGGCUGGUCAAGCUGCUCACCCGCCUCAAGGUCCGGAAGAAGGAGGAGCCGGUGGAGGGCAGCGGGGACCCGGGCUCCGGCCCCCAGAACAAGAGAAGGGCCCGGCCCUCCUUCGCCCGCUGACCCGUCCCCUGGACACGCGGGGACGCUGGCGUGAAGGGUCCGGAGGUCUGUUCCUGGCGGCACCUCGGUGGGCAAAGGUGUACAUACCUGUACAGUCUGGGUCCCCUGGGCACGUCCCACGGGACUCAUGGGCAUGUCCAACCCACUUGCUCUUGUCCACAUCAGACCUUCCACUUAAGGUACCGACUCGACGCGCACGAGGGAAGAUCUGAGCUCUUUUUAAAUGAAUGUAAAGCGAGUGGGAACCAUCCUGGCCCCGGCGGUCUGGGGGCCUCAGGUUCUGGUUGAGGCAGGCGGCUGUUCUGGGUCUUCUCGACCGAAAACUCCAUUGCACACUGUGAUAACUCCCUGGCGGUGGGAGUCAUUGCUUUCAGACCAGAGCUGGAAUCUUUAUUUUUUAAGGGAUCACAAGGAACCAGAAUGAUUAAGUUAGUUUGGAUGGACAGACGGACAGGAAGAGGGGACACACAAAAGGAGAAUGGACAUCGAAAGCCAUCUCUAUGACGAGCCAGGGGGCCGGGGGGCAGGGGGGGCAGGUGGAGGAGGUCAGGCCUGAGCCGGGUAAUGUCGGGGGGCGGGGGGUGGGGAGUCCCCUGAGCCCCGCUCGCUGGCUUGCUCUCGCGUGUCGGUAUGAGGCCCCACCGGAGACGUUCCAGUGCCUUCUACAGAAACUUCAUCUUGGCCUAUGUGAAGCCAGUGACAUUCCCCAUCACUGGCGCCGUCUUAUCGUCUUAUCGUUGAGAUGUACACAUCUUUAAAUCCAAUAAAACCACAUGUGAUGGGCGUGUGUGUGUGUGUGUCCAGAAGUGACCGAGCUGACGGCGGUGUGACAGCGGGGGUCGCGCUGUGACCACGGAGGAGGGGGCCGCCGGGUCGCUUCUGCUUCGGGGCCCAGAUGGAAGCAUGGCCUCCCGAACCCGUGCAUCUUCCGAUGCGACGCUUC